UUCAUCAUAGCAUAUAUGGACAACUAUCUAGAAAACUUCCCACUUGAACUCUUCGUUACGACUUCUCGUACUACAAUUGUAGAUGUACAUGUAACAUCACCUGGUUGGACAAAUCCCUCGGUGAAUGAGCAAUUUUCAGUCAUAGCUGGAUCUGUAAAACAGUUAUUUAUAGACCUUAAGUUGCGUCUGAAUGGAUCGGUCAAGGAAAAGAAGGGUAUUUUGGUGACAGCGACGGACGAAAUUGUUAUUUACGGUGUCAACAAACAAGACUAUUCCAACGACGCAUUUCUGGGCUUACCAACAGAUGUUCUUGCUAUGGAAUAUUACACUGUGACAUAUUAUCCUCCAUACAGAAGAGCUCAGAUUUGUGUAGUUGGAGUAGAAGAUUCCACAACUGUCUCCAUUAAAUUGUCAUCUUGUUCUAAUUGCGGAUCGGUCACCUACAACGGCGCUACUUACAACAAGGGAAAUACUCUCACGCUAAGUAUGGACAGAUAUGACGCCAUACAAUUACAAAGCACUGGCGAUCUCACUGGGGCACACAUCACAGCCAAUAAGAAAAUUUCUGUAUUCAGCGGAAACAGGAAGACAAAAACUGGUUCCGGCGGAAGCCAAGAUCAUUUGGUGGAGCAUUUAACACCAGUUGACACUUGGGGAAAGAGAUUUGCAACAGUUCCUACACCAAUGAGAACUGUUGGUGACUACUUCAAAAUCAUUGCAAGUGAAGAUAGCACUAGCGUUACUUAUAAAUGCAACAAAAAUAAUGCCAUUACAACAGGAAGUGUUUCUCUUAGUAACGCUGGAGAUUUCCAGCAGCUACUCAUAGGUUCAGGAAAAUAUUGUUACUUCGUUGCUGACAAAUCCAUACUCUUGGUACAGACUGUUCUGAGUCAACAGAGCAGCAAUGAACCAUCAGACCCUGCUAUGCUCAUCAUACCACCAGUCGAGCAGUAUGCAGCAGACUAUACCUUUACAACACCAAAAUAUUCAAAAGGUUCCUAUGACAACUACUUCAUGUUCGUCGUAGAUUCUUCACAGAAAUCCGGACUGAGGUUAGAUGGUUCUGCUUUCCCAAGCAACACAGUUUAUCAUAAUAUACCUGAUACAAAUUUAGUGGGAGCUUACAUAUCUGUAACAGAAGGAUCCCACACCGUUCGUCACACUUCAGUGAUUUCUGUAUUUGGAGGGUUUCUGUAUGGCAGAGCUAAUGCAGAAACAUACGGUUUUACAACCGGAAUGCGCAUGGCUGGUAUAAACACUGUUUGUGUACCAAGUACAACUGUUGUUGGAGAUGGUAUUGAUAACGACUGCGAUGGAUUGAUUGACGAAGAACUUUGUACUACGGCCAAUCAGAACAAUGAUGAUGACGGCGACGGUGUGUCAGAUGAAGAUUGUGCAACACCAGCACCUAUUGACGGAGAGUGGGCAGCAUGGAAUAGCUUAGGAAGUUGUUCUAUUACUUGCAAAGAUUAUGGAACCAGUCAGACUGGUACCGCGACUAGAACAAGAACAUGUACAAAUCCAGCACCUCAAUAUGAUGGAUUGCAGUGUGUCGGCAGUAGUUCAGAAAGUCAGUCUUGUACACCAACAACCUACUGCCCAAUAAAUGGUGGAUUUAGUAGCUGGUCUGCCUGGGGACAGUGCUCAGUGACAUGUGCAACUGGAACGCAGACAAGAGACAGAACAUGUACCAACCCAGCAGCCCAGUAUAACGGUCUGACCUGCAGUGGGUCAUAUUCCGAUUCAAAAACGUGUACACUAAGUCCUUGUCCAAUCGAUGGUGAUUGGACAAAUUGGUUGUCGUGGGCAACAUGUACAGUUACAUGUGGCGGGGGGUCAAAGCGAAGGUCAAGGACAUGCGCAGCUCCAGCUCCAGCACAUGGCGGAAGCGAUUGUUCCGGUGAUGGUUCAGAAACUCAAGCAUGCAAUACACAGGAUUGCGUUAUUGACGGAGGAUGGGGAUCUUGGUCAGCAUAUGGUUCCUGUUCUGUGACUUGUGGAGGAGGAAAAUACUCCCGUUCGAAAGUGUGUAAUAAUCCAACACCUCAAAAUGGCGGACUGGACUGUUCCGGUUCAUCGAGUGAAUAUGGCGAUUGUAACACACACGCAUGCCCUACGGCAGGAGUUGGACAAUAUGUUCAGAUGUGCCCUUCUGGAUAUUUCACUUGUGAGUCAGGAAGUACAAAAUGCAUUGAUGGUUCAAAGGCAUGUGACUGUGACGAGAGUCCUGCCACUGGUAAUUGUGACGACGGGUCCGACGAAACAACCAGUUAUGCUGGAUGCAGUCCACAAGUACUAUUAGCAUGCCCAAGCGGUUCCGAACGUUCAGCAGCAGCAGCAGCAUCAGUUAUCUUGUUACUAUUUUUAGUGGGAUAUUUAAGAGUUUUUACGUAA